AUGGCCACUGGCGCCCGUCCAAAGGAGGAAUAUGUAGCAGCGCCCCUGCUUCUUCCCGCAUGGGUGAACCCGGACCUUGGCCGUCUCAUGGUCGUCCACAAGCAAACGGAAGGCAGCUACUUCCGGUCGUGGGCUGAGUCCAAAGUCGACUUGCCUGCUGGAGCCGUCUUUGCCCGCAUCAACGGCAUAACGCCUACAUCGCAGCAGGACUACGCCACGGUGCAGAGUGGGCCUAACAUGCACUUUGUCUGGAACUCCGAUCUCUACUACUGUAAUCAUUCCUGUGCGCCAACUCUCGAAUGCGACACGUCGACAUGGGAAAUGCGGGUGAGUCGCGACAGACCCCUCAAGAAGGGCGACAUAUUAUCGGUGUUUUACCCGAGCACGGAGUGGACUAUGGACCGCGAAUUCGAGUGCUGGUGUGGUGCUGGGGAGGGCAAGUGUUGUGGGAUUAUCAAAGGGGCUAGAGAUAUGAAUGACCGGCAUUUGCAGCGGUUCUGGCUCAACGAUCAUAUCCAUGCUCUCCGUAAACAGAGGGCAAAUAUCCCGCAUUUAUGA